ACAAACUGGUUAGUGAAGGGUGUGUGGGGGCGGGAGAGAGACCAAGUGUUUUCUGGUGGUGGUUCGGUGAGAGUUUUUGGGGGGUUGUAUGUAUGUAAACUCAUGAUUCCGCGUAGCCAUCCUCUCGAUGUUUCUGCUGAUCUUGUCGUUACUCUUUUCGUCUUGUUCAACUGCACCCAUCCCCCAAGAAUCGCGCUAUGACCAAAAACCUACCAUCAGGUGUACACACCGUCAGUACACAGCCUCAUUACUUAUCUCUUCACCACAACCUCUAGAUGAUCUUGAGUCUUGGGAGCAUAAAAAGUCUUCCACUCCAUAUCCCUCUCGGUGGGAUUGUGCAAACCCAGAUUCAGCCGGCGGAAGACAUACCCGAGACUAUCACAGAACCAUCACCCUCAGCAAUGGUUGGUCGAUAUCGAUGGAUGCAGCCUCAAGAAUGGUCAGAUAACCAGACUCGAUGCUGCGAUGAUGGACAUGGCUAGGUAGUGAAUACAAUUUCUCUCAGCACGGUAUUCAUAGUUAUCCUCACUCUCACACCUCCACCCUCACCUUCCCCGUAACCCUAACAAACACGCUCUCCGUCACCCUCCAAACCGCCUCCCUCAUCCCCUCCCUUCUCAAGC